AUGAACAACUUCCUGGUGAGGGUCCACACGGACGACGACCAAAUCAGAGAUGAGCUUUACAACCAAUUCGCGAAGAACUUUGUUUCGGGGAGUCCCCCCGAAGAGGAGCCACACGACUCUCAACAAUGGGAGGAAGCGCCAAGGUAUGUUCUCACAGAGCAUUACAUGGACACAUAUUUGACUCCAUUUUUGAUUAAAAGUGACGAGGGGGGUCCGUAUCACUGCGUGGGUUGUCAGUUGGACGUGCGGCGUGGCGAGAGCGAGGCUAACCCUGUAACCACUUCGAACCCUGUCACCACUUCGAACCCUGUCACCACUUCGAACCAUGCCACCACCGCGAACAGCGGCAAAAAAGGAUCUAGGGGCACCGGGAGCGAUCAGCGAACACUGCUGCUGCAGCUGUGCGCGUCCCACAUCUACUUCGAAAACAUGGAGGCGGAGGAAUUCCACACGAAGACAAAUCAACAGGGGAAGAAGUUCCGACAGUAUAUGAUAAAAAACAGAGACGUGCUCCUUCUCCACGGCAGUUGCAGCUACGGCGGCAGCAACGGCGGUAGCUACGGCGACAGCUACGGCGGUAGCUACGGCGACAGCUACGGCGACAGCUACGGCGGUAGCUACGGAGACAGCUACGACAGCAGCUACGGCUACAGGGACUGCUCUCCGCGGAGCACCGACGUAAAAGGGUUAUAUUACUACAUUAGCAAGAAUAAACAGGACUUGGAAAGCGCGCUCAACAGAUUGGAAGGGAGUUUCUUCCUCCUCUACGUCGAUUAUUCAAACGAAGAAGCAAAAAUAUGCUUCUGUAAUGACGCGUGGGGAAUGAAAUCGGUCCUCUUCUUCUACGAGCAGUCAUCUAUAUUGCUAACAAACAUAUAUGGACCGUUCAUUAGCUACGAUUUUAAUUUCAACAAAGGAACGAAUGGAGUCAGUUACUUGUUCGAUAACUUAUCCGUUGAGGGAGGACUCAACUUGGUUCACCACGAUGGGGUGUUUCGAAGAGACGAUAAGCUUCUUCCUCAGUGGAGCGGAUCCCCCGCCAGGUGUAGCAAACGCCACGCAGAACGCCACGCAGAACGGCACGCACAAAAGGGAGGCCUGGCCCACCAAAGCAUCAUAAACGAGAAGGUAGGAACACAAAUAAACCCAUACCACAUUUACCGCCUGAACAUAUUUGAAAAAACGAAGGUGAUGUUAAACAGGAUGACUAAAAGGAAUAGCAUUUACACCAAGUAUACCGAGUGGAGUGGUGAUCACCUCUCCGUUGCAGAGAAUUUUAAUCGCAUCUGUAACUUUUUUGACAGGAGUUACUCUCCACACAGUGACUAUGGAGAGGAGUGGGCUCUCCUUAAAUCCACCAUUCACGAAUCGAUGAAGGACUACACUCAUGGGGACGCACACCAACGGAGAGACGCACAGACGAUGCUAAAUAAUUGUUUUGUCCUCCUGUAUAUGAAAUUGUUAAGUGGAGUCAUUGAGAGGAAAAUCGAGGAGGUUUUCUCCAACUCGGAAGAGAAAUGCACCGUGGGGAAAAAUCGCCUGAACGGUGCAGGUGAAAAAGAAGCAGAGAAAGAAGCAGAGAAAGAAGCAGAAAAAGAAGCAGAGAAAGAAGCAGAGAAAGAAGCAGAAAAAGAAGGAGAAAAAGAAGCAGAGAAAGAAGCAGAAAAAGAAACAGAAAAAGAAACAGAAAAAUGUGCACAAGAUGCCCCCUUCAGGGUUAAAUGCGACCAAGUGGGGGGGAAAGGCAAAUCGGUGGGGAUCCUCUUCUCGGGAGGGAUAGACUCAACCCUGCUGGCGUUAACAACGAUCAGAGCGCACUUCAGUCGGCAUGCAGAUGGGUAUGUCGAACUGAUAAACGUUUCCUUCGACGAUAAUGCUAUUGAUCGGUACACCUCCCUAAUGUCGUAUGAACAAAUUGUAAAGCUGCACCCCCACUACGACAUCAGGUUAGUGUUUGUUGACGUCACUCCAAAGGACUUACUAAAAUAUGAGCGAAUUAUUUUUUCGUUAAUGUCUCCAAACAGCACUACCAUGGAUUUCAACAUAUCUGCUGCUUUUUUUUUCGCCAAUUUGGGGAGGGGGGUUCUUUUUCCGCGUUCCUUUCUGCAGAGCCCGGAGUGGGCCUGCAUAAGGGCUCGGUCCUCCCGCGCGCUCAACGUGGCAACCCAGAACGUGGCAGACAAAAAAGCGGCAGGCCGAAAAGAGGCAGUCCCAAACGAGGCAGGCCAAAAGGAGGCAAGCCCAAAGGAGGCAAACCAAAACGAGGCAGACCCAAACGAGGCAGGCGCACCCGCAGCUAAGUCCAAAUGCAGAGUGUGCGAACUUGUCAUGAGCAGGAAGUGCGUGCACAGGUGCUGCUCCGCCUGCUGCAGGAAGCUGCGGUACGUCUACCGGAGGGAAUUUCCCGAGGGGGGGUCAUCGCAGAAGCGCCCCUACGAGCAGACCCCAGGGAGUAGCGACAUUUACCAAAUGGAAAGCGAUGCAAACAAGGACGGAAAUGUCGAAGGAAACCCUGGCGGGAGAUCCCUUUAUCUGAUUGUGAAGAAGAAAAGGGUCCAAAUUAACUUUGACCUCUUUCCCGUGUGCCCCGCGCACAAGGAGAGGAUGUACGAUUAUGAGGGGAUCGACUCGAUCUUCAGGGACUUCAACAGGGAGCUUGGAAAGAGGGAGCUUGGCAAGAGGGAGCUCUACGAGGAUGGGCAGCCAAACGGCAGUGCACCUGCACGCUCCGAGACACUUAGAGAAACACGCCGCACCAACUUCAUAGACCAGUUUGUCGCCAAACAUGCGGAAAACGACCCCAACAAAUUUGAACAAAUAAAGAGCCUCUUUUACGUUCAGUCGAAAAAGAAAGGACAUAAUAGUGGGAUUAGUAAUGUGGACCAGAAAAGGAAGGAAAAACUUUUCAUGGGAGACCCUCUCACGGGAGACUCUCCCCAGAAAGAGGAGACACUGAACUACCUCAAGAGAGACCUAUACCAAAGUAGCAGUGACGCCAACUGCAUGGCACAAAAGGGUUCGUAUCAGUGUAUCCACCAGUUGCUAAUCAUAGGGAGUGGAGCGGAUGAGUUAUUUGGAGGCUACUACCGGCAGAACAACGAACCCAUGGGAAAAAACGAAUCCAAACAAGCAACACAUUUUAAGAAAAACGAAAUGAUAAAAGAUGUGAGAAGAAUAUGGAACAGGAAUUUGUAUCGAGAUGAUCGUAUAUUAAAUUUUACUAGCUUUUCUGAUAAGGUCCUUUUUUAUCCCUACUUGGAUAUGAACCUGGUGGAUUUUCUUUUUUUGGUGUCAUUUUACAUCAUAGAGGCUCCUCUUGGGGGGUCGGUACAGACGGAAGGAGGACCAUCCUGCUUUCCAAAAAGUGUGGCAAAGGGGGGGGGAUCCUCAAACAUGCGAUGCUUUUGGGAAAAUCUCGAUGAAUGCUCCCAUCUGUAUGAAUUCAUUAGAACCCAAAAAGUUAGCAAAUGGGUUCUACGCAUGGCAAUUUUCUUCUCACAGUGCAAAGAGUUGAUGCUCUUCAAAAAAAAAGCUAUUCAGUUUGGAUCUAAAUCGAAGAACGUGCAGAU